AUGUUCUCCCUGCUGUUUGGUCGCCCCUGGGGCCAACAACAGUCACAGCCCGAAGAGGCUGCCCAAGCCAUGCCCGUCCAUAGUUCCCUCGCAGGCUCCGCAGCGCCCGAGACGCACUCAAACGUCUCGACUCAGGCGUCUUCCGCUGUUGCCGGAGGCAACUCCGGCUACUCGGUUGACGCCUGCACAACCACCAUCACGUCGCCGGGAUCUGGUUCCGUGAACGUAGGAAAGCCGAAGCCGAGGGAUGCCUGGCGUCCCGAAGCUCAAGAGCCGACUCACCCCGCCGGCGCCCUGUUCACCCAAGCUCUACCAAUCGCCGGAGCAGAGAAGAAGCUGGCUACCGAACCCGACAUCCCCCGCUCGGCCCCCAUCGAUAUUCCUCUGGCGGGAUCCCGAGACCACCCCCGGCUGUGGCACCAGCAGGCUAUGCGCGGUGCCUUCUCUGAUGAUAUCCCUCGCCCGCCGCGCCGAGUUCAUCCCCAAGGAGGCGUCCGCGUCGUCCUUCCUCGUCUGGGCACCAACCAGCCUAGCAAUCUGUCUGCCCCGACUUCGGUCGUCGAGGAGGGUCAGUUCAACCAGGCCAGCCCUGCCAACGAAAUCCAGCCUCUGUGCAUCGAUGACUUGCCCGAGGCUGUCAUCAAUGGCGAGGAAGAGGAUAAAGAAAACCACCAAUACGAGACGGUCGAUCUUCCCGAUGGCAGAACCCACGUUGUUGGUGGUCUUGUUGAGGAGACGUACGAGCAACAGACAAUUCUGUUUGCUCAGCAGCUGCCGGCCAACCACCCAGAGGCCCAACCUGGCUUUGGCAUGAGCUCGGCCCGCCAUCCCUUUUUCAUAUGGCCACCCCCCGACCUUCACGAGUCAAACAAGGAGCUGGACCGAGAACUGGCUAAGUACGCGCCAGUUCUCAAGCCGUUCGACCCGAACUUCCUCGAAAAGUAUGUCGAUGGCUACACGAAGGAGACCCGAGCCUUUUGCCAGGCCAUGAACGAGUCGAACCUCGAGAUCGUGGUCCAGCACCAGCAGGUGAAGGCUCUGGAGCAGAGGUGCGACAUGAUGGAGAAGCAUCGGACAGACCUCGUGGCUCUACGCUGCCGUCCUCAGAACCAACGGCUCUUCCACUUCUUUGGUCAGCGUAUCAGGGAGACGGACUACGAGAUUCAAGCAGUCAAGAAGGAGCUGGAGAAACGACGCCGCGCCCUCAAACAGACCAUUGCUUACGCGGGCGAAUUGGUCGCGAAUGCGGGCCGCUGGGAUUUUGACCUCCCCAAUGCCAUCGACGAGCACCGGUUCCGCGAGAUCAAAGAGGCCGAGGAAAAAGAGCGCAUCGGUGCCGAGAUCGAACAGGGCAUGCUGACGGGCGUCUAUGGCCCACUGAAGGAACAACCGAAGAGGACCCAAGACGCCGUCAAGGACUUUACCAAGCGGUUUUUCGACGAGCGCGAGAAAAAGAAGCCGAGGGAGAAGACUCCCAACUGGAGGCAGCAGAACUUGCCGGUCAACACCCCCAGCUUGCUGACCGCCCUGUUUGCCCAGGAGAAGGCACAGCAGUCUUAG